AGUGAAAAGAAAAGAAGAAGAAAAACCAAAACAAGUAGCUAAAAUGUCUCUUCUUUCGUUUUCUCCUACUUUAUUUAACAUCUCUCCUUCACUCUUCUACACCAUCCUUAUAUCCAGCUUAGUUCUAUUGAUCCUCACGCGCCGGAGUUCUAAAUCAAAGCGCGUGAAGCUUCCUCCAGGUCCUCCGGGUUGGCCGGUGGUUGGAAACCUCUUCCAAUUCGCGCGCUCCGGGAAGCAGUUUUACGAGUAUGUUGAUGAUGUAAGGAAAAAAUACGGUCCUAUCUACACGUUGAGGAUGGGAAGUCGAACAAUGAUCAUCAUCUCUGAUUCAGCUCUCGUCCACGACGUUCUGAUUCAGCGUGGACCAAUGUUCGCAACCCGACCCACCGAGAAUCCGACCCGAACCAUCUUCAGCUCCAACACUUUCACCGUCAACGCUUCAGCGUACGGACCCGUGUGGCGAUCCCUGAGAAAGAACAUGGUACAGAACAUGUUAAGCUCGAUCCGGUUCAGAGAAUUCGGGUCGUUGAGACAAUCCGCAAUGGAUAAACUCGUCGAGAGGAUCAAAUCAGAAGCUAAAGACAAUGACGGUCUUGUUUGGGUACUAAGAAACGCAAGAUUCGCUGCGUUUUGUAUUCUUUUAGAGAUGUGUUUUGGAAUCGAAAUGGAUGAAGAAUCGAUUUUGAAUAUGGAUCAAGUGAUGAAGAAAGUGUUGAUCACACUCAAUCCAAGACUCGAUGAUUAUCUCCCGAUCCUUGCUCCGUUUUACUCCAAGGAGAGAGCAAGAGCUCUCGAGGUUCGUCGUGAACAAGUUGAUUUCAUCGUUAAAUUCAUCGAGAGACGACGGAGAGCGAUUCAGAAUCCGGGGACUGAUAAAACGGCGUCGUCUUUCUCUUAUCUCGAUACACUCUUUGACCUUAAAACCGAAGGUCGUAAAACGACGCCGUCUAAUGAAGAGCUUGUGUCUCUCUGCUCGGAGUUUCUUAACGGUGGUACGGAUACGACGGGGACGGCGAUCGAGUGGGGUAUCGCGCAGCUGAUUGUGAAUCCUGAGAUUCAAUCUCGGCUCUACGAUGAGAUUAAAUCAACGGUCGGAGAUCGUGAGAUUGAGGAGAAAGAUGUGGAUAAAAUGGUCUUUUUACAAGCAGUCGUUAAGGAGAUUUUACGAAAACAUCCUCCGACUUACUUUACGUUGACUCACUCCGUGACGGAGCCGACGACGGUCGCCGGUUACGAUGUUCCCGUUGGGAUUAACGUUGAGUUUUAUCUUCCGGGAAUAAAUGAGGAUCCGAAGCUUUGGUCUGAUCCGAAGAAAUUUAACCCGGAUCGGUUUAUUUCGGGUAAGGAGGAAGCGGACAUAACCGGUGUAACCGGCGUUAAAAUGAUGCCGUUUGGUAUUGGCCGUCGGAUCUGUCCGGGGCUAGCGAUGGCGACCGUACACGUGCACUUGAUGCUAGCGAAGAUGGUUCAAGAGUUUGAGUGGAGCGCUUAUCCGCCGGGAAGUGAAAUUGAUUUCGCCGGGAAAUUGGAGUUCACGGUGAUCAAAGCUAUGGAUAAGCUUCUUCCAAUACCUCUAACAAUGGAGGCAACUGAUAUUUGGGGAGAAAUCGAACGUUCUGAGAGUUACCUAGUGUGCUCUAUGUAUGAAGAGGCAGAGUCAUUAUCCUCUUUUAUACUUAAAAGAAUAUUUGGCAAUAUGGAUGUUUUAUCCAAGGAAGCUGCUCUAGGUGAUCAUCAAUUUCAUGAUAUUUUGGAAUCUGCUGGCAUGGUUUUAGUCCAAUCUUUGCAUGGAAUCGGCAGGACAGUUGAGAUUGUAAAUGAGUUAAGAGAUGUGUUUGGAGAAGUUGCAGCAAUUCCUGUUCAAGUUCUUCUCACUGGAAUAUGCCUUCAAAUAUCAAGUGGUUCCUACUCGGGUGUACGUGAGAUUCUGGAAGAGUUCUUUAACAUAUGGGUUUACAAGGACAACCACUAUAUCCUAAAUGAUGAUGGAGUAAGUGCAAAAGGAUUCCGUGAGAAAAACUGUUUAGAUAUUGAUGAGUACAUGGAAGUAGUGGAGCUGUAUACCUUUGGAGUUCUUGCUAAAGUUUCAAACGACAGAGGCCUAGCCAUUUCAUGGGUUGAGAAAGCUGCAUUACCUGAGGAAAGACGACAGGGGAUUUUGAGAAGAUUGCAUUUGUUACUUUCUCUCAAAACAGCAAAUGUUCCAGACGCUAGUUCUUUUGAGGAAAAUUCUAAGGAUUCUUCUUAUGCUGUAGUGAAUAACAAGAAGUCGUUGGCUAAUGAAAAGAAUGAUGAGAUUGAUUCUGUCCUGAAACUCUUUAAACAACAUGAACCUUGGUCACUUUGGUCAUCCCAUCCUCUAAGCCUCAAGGUUGGUAAUACCCAAUUUAGCAUGUCCAGGGGAAAGUUUGCCAUAAGCCUUGUUGGAUUAAUCAUAUGUUAUGCCUUGAAGAGAAAACGAGCUGCUUUGAUACGGAUCAUUCGCAGGCAAAUGGAGUCCACAAGAAAAGCAAUAGUAGAUUUCUGGAAGCUUGCAUUUUCAUACCAAGUGAAUCCUCUUGCAGCAAUUCAAUCCAUACCAAGCACCACAACAUGAGACAAUUGGUGCACAAUUCCCACCAUCUAGAAGGGAUCAAAUACCUUACUUUGCAUUGAAAUAAAGCUGCAUCCUUUUUUGGUUUCGGCUCAAGCUUUAUCACACCCUAUAUUUAGCUACUCAAAGUGUGUUGUAUAAAUUAGAUUCAUAUUC